AUGACUCUUCAGUACUUCUGCAGUUUACUCGUGUGGUACGUGGAAAAUGGUCUUUCUUAUUUAUUCUUUGAAAAGUUGCAGAAUAUCCUGGUUAAUACUUCUGUGGAAAUGAAUCCUGCUGACUUGUGUAUUCUGUGCUUUACGUGCAAGAAGGUGAAUAUUCCUGCAGUAAAUUGCAGUGCCAGAUAUAAUCAUGGUAAACUCAUUGUAGUAUGCUAUAGAUGCAAGAAGGAGUCUGAGUUCAUUAGUAUCCCAUCGUAUAAAUCAGUGUACACAAAGGGCACAUGCGACUUAGAUGCAUUUUUAUUGGGAUGA